AUGGCCCUGCCGAUCGCCCCGGGGCGGCGUGGGCAUAUUGUUGCCCUGGAGGGCCCCUCGGAGCUCGUGUCGACCCAAUUGCGUCUUCUCCCGACCUCCCGCCAGGUUCUCAUCCUCCCCAGUCUCCAACAUUACUUGAAGGCCACCGACCCGGAGGCACCCUUCGACACGCGGGAGCUCAUCCGUCGGUACCACACAGCUGCCCAGGCACGGCAUGCCGAGGCACAGGAGUUCCUGCGACAUCGCACAGUAGGAGACGGCAACCGGCUUGUCUUCCUGCACGGAGGAACAAUAUCGGCGCGAGCCGCCUGUCUAUCCUCCAUAAUGGAGCACGAGACGAACGGGGACAUCGAGGAGGCAUAUGCCACUUUCAUCCGCCUGGCGAGCAACGAUGCCGCUAGGCUGUCAUCGGCGAGGUCCUCAUGCCUCCAGACUAGCACGACACCAAUUGAGAGCAGCGCGGGAUUCGAGGACCCAGACGGGGGAGCAUGUGGCGAGGAGCCAUGCCAGCACCCGGAUGUGUGGGCACGAUACCUGGACGCCGAAGACGAGGCCAUCGAGGACCCCAUCAUCCGCGCCAUGAGGGCCGCCGAUGCACUCGACAAAGAGACCGAGUUUCUCCAGCCGCCUGCUCCGGACAUGGCCUUCACCGUCAAGCUGGUUGACAUCCCGUCGCGGUCGGGGGGGAAGAGCUCACGGCGAUCCAAACCGCCGUCGCCGCACGGCAUUCAGCCUCAGAGUGCGGCACUUUUUCCCGACUCAGAUACCACGGCAAAAUCCGUUGUGGUCACUCCGCGUAGGCCGCCGUUGAGAAUCCGCAUCCCGCCGCCACCACAAGCCUCGGCCUGCAUAUCCUGGCCGCAGGACCAGUCACUCUUCGGUCCCCGUCACAGGAGGUCGCAGACAGCGGAGUCGAACUUGUCACCCAGGCAGAAACCAGAUCGCGAUGGCAGCGAGCCGGACGACUUAGCCGAGAUGCCCGGCGAGGCAGCACCCGAACAUGCACCAAAUGCGCCACAGAAUGAGGGCCCAGAUGGCACAGUGCCGUUUAACGCUCCAGGUGAGGAGACCGAGGAGCGGCUGCGCAAUGGAGCCCUGCCGCUCCUUGAGGACCUGGUGUUUCACUUCACUGCCGAGACGCCGGACGAACUCAGCGAGUUCGUCUUCAGGCGCCUCAGCAACGCCUGUAGGACUACGCGACAUUCGCUAUCGGGGCCCAGCGUGCCUGAUCAAUGCAGUUCGCGGGCUGCAGAGACGAGUCACUUGGAAAUGGAAGAGGAACAGGAAGCCGACGACAUUCCGUCCAGGAAGGCGAACGCCAGCGGCACAGUUAUGCCCUGGGUGCGAAACGACCUGGUUCACGGCCUGCCCACGCCGAAUAACUCCCCGACGCUGCUGGAGACAAACUCCAUAGCCAUCCCUCCGCCGGCUACGAGGCUCUACAGCAUCAGCGUCGGCCACGAGACUGCCGUUUCCAUCCAGAACUUCCUGCGGUCCUUCCUCGGUUCUCGCUUUCCCCUCCAGGAUCGCCGCUUCUCCGAGACUGCCGAGUUCCCUGCAGAUGGUGGUUUAUGGAAGCAUCUGGAGUGCGACGGGCAGGUCUUGUCCCCUGCCGGCGAGAGCAGGCUGGACUUGAUGCUGGCUGUCGGCGCCGAGACGGGCGUCAAGAAAGACCGGCUGUCAGAGAUCGUCGGCCAGCUGGAGAAACUGGGGUUCAAAACCAACGGUCUCUCGCGCAGCGGGCGGUUGGAUGUACGGUAUCUUAUCGCCAACGCUAUGCAGGCGUUUACUGCUCAGCCAUUGACAAAGCAGACCCAGAGCAACCCCUUUGCGGACCGCACUCUGCUAGCCGCGUUGAUUAUACCCCAUCUCGAAACCUACCUGGCCACCCAUCCGGACGUCCGCUUCCUGCUCAUCGAGUACCCAGCGGAGCAUCUCCCGACCAUCCUCGCUCUGCAAGCCCUCAUCGGCACCGAGAUGAUGAAGGUGGUGGGCAUCAUCAAUAGCGAUGUCUCAUCCACUUCGCAGUCACCUUCAGACCCGGCCGCGUCUCGCCGUCCCAGCGAGGGCUUCCGUUCCCUCACCCGCCGGGGCUCACGCCUGUCCGGCGCCUUCGUCGGCCCCUGCUCCUUCUCCAAGGCGAACUUCCUUCUCGCCUCCUCCGCCACCGGCUUCGAAACAGCCGCCUUUAUUGCUGCCAUCCGUGAGAGCCUGAUCUCCAUCUCGGACUUCUACAUCCCCGACCGCCCGCUCUACAAGCCCCCCGCCCCGCCGCCUCCACGGAAGGCUCAUUCAAACCUCAGCAUCUCUCUCCCCACGGCCGGCCCCAAGUCACCUCGGCCCAGCCAAAAGGAACCGUCCCGCGUGUCGGUCUCAACCCUGGUUAUCACACCGCCGUCGUCGCCCACCGACCAAGCCGCUCCGCCCCAGCACCCACCCAGCAUCGCGCCCUCCUCAGUAUCCAGCCUCACCAGCCCCAACAAAGGCAGCUACAGCAGCGAGCACCGGCUCGCCGCCCGCAGACCCUCGCCCCCGGCUGGUGCCGCCGGCACCACGAUCCGCUGGGGCGAGGUCAACUACGCGCCGCCGCCCCAUUCGCCUUCCACUGCUGCCGCCCCCACCAUCGUCACCGCCCCCAACAACACCAACAACACCCCUGCGAGCGGGGGAACCCGCCAUCUCAAGCAAGACUCCGCUCCGCUCUCACCCGGCCGCCGCGGCGGCGGCGCCGACGGCGACGGCACCAGGCUCAUCGCUGACGAGGAGGCGAGCGAUCAUCAUCAAAUCAUGAAGAGAACUCAUCAUCGUCAUUAUCACCACCAGCAGCAGCGGUAUCAUCACAGGGAGGCGGCGGCGGCGAUGCAGGACGGCUACAACUACGACGACGGUGGCGGUCGCGUUGAGGAUGAUGACGAGGACGACGUCCCCGACGAGGAGGAGCGCCGGCUGAUGCCGCUGUUCCUGCGGCGGCGGAACGAGAUUGAUAGGGGGCGGAGUAGCAAGGCUUUUCGAUGGUUGGGUCUGGCGUAA